AUACGGUGUCUCCCGUUCCCAGGUGUCCACCAUCAUGUCAGCCAGCACCACCACCCUGCGCUACCCUGGCUACAUGAACAAUGACCUCAUCGGCCUCAUCGCCUCCCUCAUUCCCACCCCUCGGCUCCACUUCCUCAUGACUGGCUAUACCCCUCUCACCACGGACCAGUCAGUGGCCAGUGUGAGGAAGACAACCGUCUUGGAUGUCAUGAGGCGACUGCUACAGCCCAAGAACGUGAUGGUGUCCACAGGCCGGGACCGUCAGACCAACCACUGCUACAUCGCCAUCCUCAACAUCAUCCAGGGGGAGGUGGACCCCACCCAGGUCCACAAGAGUCUGCAGAGGAUCCGGGAAAGGAAGCUGGCCAACUUCAUCCCCUGGGGCCCAGCCAGCAUCCAGGUGGCCCUGUCAAGGAAGUCCCCCUACCUGCCCUCAGCCCACCGUGUCAGUGGGCUCAUGAUGGCCAACCACACCAGCAUCUCCUCGGUGAGCACAGUCUCUUAUUGUCUUUGUGUUACCAAGAACCAAGCCCAGGGCUUCGGGAAUGGUAGGCAAUGCUGCUGCCAUGGAGCCACACCCCUAGCUCCUGGCCACUCUGUUCACUGUCUACCAUCAUGAGCCUCCCCAGUCUGUCCCUAGUCUGUGU